UUUUUUCAUUAGAAAGGUCACACAUUAUGAUAAACUAGACUUCAAGGUGAACUCAUUAAGUGUGUAUACCUUUACGGAAAAAUAUAAACUCGAACGAUGAAAUUCUGUUUAGUAGGUGACUGUCUACUUAAGCGAUAAGUUGGUUGCGGUAUUAAAACGGGUUUGUCACCCGUUCCAGUGUACAAAAUGUUAUUGAGAGGCAUAAGAGGACAUUCAAAAUGGAAGCAAAUGUGGGAAGAAAUCAAAAUUCCUGUCCCUUGGGGCCAUAUCGCGGGAAAAUGGUGGGGACCUCAAGAUAAGAGACCAAUUUUGGUUCUCCACGGGUGGCAGGACAACUGCGGAAGCUUCGAUAGACUGAUCCCGCUCCUUAAACCCGAGUUGGGUUACCUGGCGAUCGACUUUCCCGGCCACGGGUUGUCAUCAAAACUCCCGCUCGGGGUCUCCUACUACUGGUCGGACUAUAUCGUGUUUUUGCGCCGAGUUGUGCAAUACUUCAACUGGCCGAAAGUAUCACUGUUGGCACACUCCAUCAGCGGCUCCAUCGCCUACAAUUACGCCACCUUAUAUCCCAAAACUGUUGACUUCUUAAUCGCAAUCGAGGGCCUAAGACCGCUCACCGAUGACCUGAAGAUUACAGAAUUGGGAGUCAACAUGGAUCGGUUCAUCAAGUACGAUCACCUAUUAAGCUUGGAUCAGGAAGGACCGAGUUACCUCUACAACGAAUUAGAAAAGCGGCUCCACGCAGACUCCGACAAUUCCAUCUCCUUGGAAACCUGCAAGUACGUCUUGGAACGGACGAUCGCGAAAUCCAAAACUAAACCCAACGAAUUCUACUUCACGCGCGACUUACGAUUAAAACUCCUACCAUUUCUCGAAUACAAAACAGGGGACGUAAUGAAGAUGACCGACAAGUUCACCUUCCCCACGCUCCUUUGCCUGGGAACCGUCGUAACCGAGAAAUUCGCACUUCUAACCCAAACUCCCGAAUUUUUCGACGUGCUCAAGAAGAUUAAUCCGAAAUUCGAAAUUCACACGAUCGAAGGCACCCAUCACGUUCAUCUAAAUAAUCCCGAGCCAGUGGCGGGAUUGAUUAAUCCGUUCAUUGAAAGGUACGAUGUGGAAGAUCGGUCGAUAUGAGAUCGUAUGCGCGAUCAAUAUAUUUACCUACUGGAACUGGCUAUUUAGAUUUAUGUUAAUUUUAUAGUUCAAAUUAAUAUUCAUCGAAUAAAACUAAUGUCGUUA